AUCUUCACGUGCACCUUCACUUACACCCUCACUUACGCCUUCACUAUUCAUUACUUCUUAAUAAAAUAUAACAGGCCUUUUUAUCGUCAUAUAAUCGAAGAUGACUACAGCACACAGGCCCACGUUCGAUCCGGCACGUGGAAAGGAGGCACUCAGAGGACCGGCCUACCAUCAACGGCUCCUCCCCGCCCAUACCCAGCUCAAAUUCAGGAAACCCGGACAAGGAGGUGAUGCGGACGAAGUCCGCGAUCUACGAGCCGAGCUUCUCGCUGCCGAAGCCGCCCACUUCGCGAAACAAAACGGCGGCGCGCUCCCCGACGUUACCGACGAGACGGCGCCCACGACAAACAACGCCUCGAAGCGGCCUUUAGCAUUGAACUCGGGAACGGAUGGAGGUGGCGAGGAGGAGGCAGAAGACCUGGAGGCGAAGCGGCGGCGCAUAUUAGAGGAGUCGCGCGACAUAGAUGCGGAUUCGGAAUCGGAAAAAGACGACGACGAUGACGAUAGCGAUGAAGAUAGCGAUGAUGACGACGACGAGGAUGAAGAGGCGGAGCUGCAACGCGAACUUGAGAAGAUCAGACGCGAACGGGCGGAGAAGCGCGAGAGAGAAGAACGCGAGAAGGCCGCGGCCGAAGAAGCAGAGCGAGAGCGAGAUAUCGCUCUCGGUAACCCGCUGCUAAACCCCAAGAACUUCAACAUGAAGCGAAGGUGGGAUGACGAUGUUGUUUUCAAGAACCAGGCGAGGGGGACGGAGGAUAAGGGCAAGAGAAAGGAGUUCAUCAACGAUCUCCUGCGGUCUGAUUUCCACAAGCGGUUUAUGAACAAAUACGUGCGAUAAAAUUGUAUUAUAUACGACGAUACCCUACCUCCGAAUUGUCAUGGAGAACCCUUAAUAGAGAAGACGCAUUAUGAAGGAGACCCUUGUUUCCGGUGUAUUUCCUACGAUCAUAGCAACAGAGCAUACAGUUCAGCAUCUAUGAAUUUAUGCCAGAAUACGGUGGCGGAGUGCUUUAAGACAGAUGUGCAUAUCAAGAUUCAGGGGCAUUUUUAUAAGGUAGAUUGAGUUAUGGGGGGGUUGAGACCCAAAUCCCUGGGGGCAGUUGGUUUUUUCGGUCCUUCUAACCCCUAAGCCAAGCGUGGUGCACGCCUAGGAGACACGAUGAGGCAAUACGUGAGAGGUCAACUUCUUCAACAGCGCCAUUUAUAAUCCUCUAGCAUCAUCAGAAGUAU